AUGACUCCUUGUUCGCAUCAGUCGCUUUACACCGACUGUACCGCCAUCGCGGACCGGGUCGGCUUUAAGAGACCUUCUCUCGACAGACGUCUUCUCGCAGCUUCUACCUCUGGUAAGAGGAGAAGAAACACGUUCCCGAUACCCGAAGAUGCCAUGAUAGAUGAGGAGACGUUUCCUGGGCCCUUGGUGCUGCCGUCCGACUUUUUGACCCAGCUCAACCCCGACACGCCCUUGUAUCACCAGUCCUGCAAGGUAUGGCGCGGAUACACGAGAAACGAAGUCGACGAAGACAGAAACAAGAUCUUUGUUCUUCCUCCACCCAUCUUUAGCGAACCUGUUGGAGGGGAUAGCGAUUCUUGGGGCAAGCCUAUCGUCUCAGAGUCAGACACCACUCCCGAGUUGCCAAACUGGACUGCGUCAUCAGCUCAGUUGAAGGACCUGAACAACUAUCUCGCGGCGUUUUACCAUCCCAUGACUAUCCAGCAGUCUCUGAUGCAGCUCAAGUGGCGCCUGUACAAAGGCAAACCGCCAAAGGAGGGACAGACGUACCUCGUCCUGGAGGUCCCAACUGUCCGCGAUAUCUUCCUCAUCAGAUACCGCCCGGGAAAAGAUGGCGUCUCACGUAUGCAGGUCCACGCCCCCGACCUCCUAGACGCCGUACUGAACAGGAUGCCUCCCAAAGCACACGCAACUGUCCUUCUGGUUGACUUUGAUUUAUACGACCUCAACGAUGAUGAGAAUAACAACUUCACUGUCACGGAAGCAUAUGGCGCCUCUCGGAUCGUCCUCGUGUCCACGUUCCGACUCCAUCCCGCCCUGGACGAGAUGCAAGACAUUGAUCGGGAGCACAUGUGGCCUGCUAGUCACUGCAAGGCUUACGCUGAUGGCUUGAUUGCCGAGGAAGAGGAGACGCAGACGGCGGAGCGACUUAAGAUGUCAAACGACGAGCCCCUCGAGUCCGACAAACCCCUCAAGUCCAUUUCGGCGCUCCCCGCUGCGAUUGAAGCAUACAAGACAGCCCCCGAGCCAAAGACCGUCGACGAGCUGACCGGCGUGUGGCUCGCCCGCGUCGCUUUUGCCGUCUCCCGUGGAUUAGGCUACUGCUUCGGCAUGGAACACUGCACCUACUACGCAUGCAUCAUGCAAGGCGUCUCCAGCACCAGACAACAGAGCCAUAUAUCUCCAUAUCUCUGCCCUAUUUGCACGUCCAAACUAUCUUGGGAGCUAGGCCCUCUCCUCGACAACGGACCCAAGAUCAACCUUCAGCGCCGUUGGGUAAAGGAGCAGGCUGUAGCCCUCAAGGAGUUUUGCGGGAAACGAAACAAUGUCGCUCAAUUUUCUGCAUUUGAGGCCUGGCUUGGAAAGAGAAUCGAGGAUAUCGGGGAGGAAUAG